AUGGCUUGGCAGGGACAAGCUCUACUUGUACGGCGAGGGGCUUUGGAAGGAGGGGGAGAUGGGGGAGGAAAGCGAUUGCUGGAAGAGGGAGAGAAGGGAGCGGAGGGGGGGGCGGGUGGGGGGGAUGGAGGAGUGGGAGGUGAGGGGGCGCAGGGGGGAGAAGGGGGGAUGGAGGGGGGUCGGGUGGUGCGGCUGGGGGGAGUGGAGGAGGAGGAGGAGGAGGAGGAGGAGGAGGAGGAGGAGGAGGAGGAGGAGGAGGAGGAGGAGGAGGAGGAAGAGGAGGGGGAGGAGGAGGAGGAGGAGGAGGAGGAGGAGGAGGAGGAAGAGGAGGAGGAGGAGGAGGAGGAGGAGGAGGAGGAGGAGGAGGAGGAGGAGGAGGAGGAGGAGGGGGAGUGGAAGGGGGUGACAGUGCUACUGGCGCCCUACCAGCCCGCACCAGGUAUGCCUCCCCCAGGAGCUCCUCCCCUUCACACAGGGGCCUAUCAGCAGCAGCAAGGGGGGUAUCCGAGAUCAUACCCUCCUCCGCCCAGGGGUCACCAGCAGCAGCAACACUAUCAGUAG